ACUAUACUAAGCUCUUCUUCCGAAGAAAUCUCUCCAUAUAUAUUUCGUUGGUUUCCAUUUCAUUUCAGAUUAUCUAUUCUGAGCUCACAGUCUCAGCUUUAUUUUUCUCCAAGCUUUUUACGUUACUAAGAGAGAAAAAGGGUGGGGUGCUGUUUGGAGAGUGGGAAAAAGAAAUUUAGUUAGAAAAUUUUGGUUUGGAAAGUUUAUGCUCAAAGGGGGGGUUGGUGUGGGGGUUGGAUUUUCGCCAAGUGAUGCGCUCAGGAGCUUGUACGGUUCAGCAGACCCUCACGGCGGAGGCUGCUUCAGUAUUGAAGCAUUCUCUCGGCUUAGCGAGGCGGAGAGGCCAUGGUCAGGUGACUCCUCUCCAUGUGGCCGCCACUUUGCUAAGCUCAAGAACAAGUCUUUUGAGAAGCGCUUGUCUCAAGUCUCGGUCGCAUCACCAUCACCAAGCUUCUUCCCAUCCUCUUCAGUGUCGAGCUCUCGAGCUUUGCUUCAAUGUGGCUCUCAACCGGCUACCGACGACCCCGGGACCGAUCCUUCAUGGCCAACCCUCGCUCUCGAACGCUUUCGUCGCCGCACUCAAACGAGCACAAGCGCAUCAGAGAAGUGGUUGCAUCGAGCAACAGCAACAACAACAACAACCGACCCUCACUAUAAAGGUCGAGCUAGAACAGCUUAUCAUAUCCAUUCUCGAUGACCCUAGCGUCAGUAGGGUUAUGCGAGAAGCUGGCUUCUCCAGCACUGCUGUUAAGAAUAACAUCGAGGACUCGUCACAUUCACCGGUAUUUCACUGUUACAGCACUUCUCCGACCGACACUCGAAGAGAAAUCAUCAACCCUAGCACUUUCUGGCAAACCCCAUUUUUCUUUCCCCCUCAAAAGAAACUCUCGAGCAACUACGUAGCCGAUUCGACGUCUUUGAAAGAAGACAUCAAGUUGGUUUUCGAAGUUUUCUUGAGGAAAAGAAGGAGAAACAGUGUCAUAGUUGGUGACUGUGUCUCCGUAACCGAGAGUCUUGUUUCGGAACUGACGUGCAGGAUAGAGAGAGGAGAUGUUCCUGAGGAAAUAAACCAUGUCCAUUUCGUCAAAUUUUACUUUUCGCCUAUGUCUUUGAGAUUCAUGAAGAGAGACGAUGUUGAAAACCAUGUCAAUGAUCUGAAAAGGAGAGUGGAUUCCAUUUCAUGUGGGGGAUCCGGAGGUGCCAUUAUCUAUACAGGAGACUUGAAAUGGACUGUUGAAGAGAAUCUCAAUGGAGAAAUCACUGGUUAUAGUGCAGUGGAUCAUAUUGUGACUGAAAUAGGAAGGUUGGUCUCGGACUACAACUCGUCCAACACAAAGGUUUGGUUACUGGCCACUGCUAGUUACCAAACAUACUUGAGGUGCCAAAUGAGACAACCUCCUCUUGAAGCUCAAUGGGCACUUCAAGCUGUCUCAGUUCCCUCAGGUGGACUCAAUUUGAGCCUCCAUGCUUCCAGUUCGAAUUACGAGAAAGAUGUGCAGUCGUUCAAGUCAGGCCAGCAAAAGCUCUUGCCUCCUUGGCUGCAGAGUAAUAAUGGCAGCCAAAAGGAUGAAAUGGUUGAACUAAGGAGAAAGUAUAAAACAGUUUGCCAUAGUUUACAUCGAGAAAGGCAGAAUCAGAGCCAUUUGAGAUACCCUUGGUGGCCUAGUGAAAGCAGUAGCUUCUCCGACUUGACUUCGAUCUCUUUCACCGAUUCCGAUUCGAAACCAAACCACAGGCCAAAUUCGGUCCCUAGAUUCCGAAGGCAAAACUCGUGUACCUUCGAGCUAAAUUUCGGCAACGCUACUAACAAGCACCAAUCAAGUGAACAGAACUUGGAUUCACUUAAGAACGGUGAGGUGGAUAAAGAGGUAAAUGUCUCACUUGCGCUUGGUACUUGUAUAGGGAAACCGGUAAAAGAGACGAGUAGUAGAUUACGUGAUUUGUUGCAAGGUAACUUGCCAUGGCAAUCUGAGAUUAUUCCUUCAAUAGUUGAAGCACUGACGGAUUCCAAAACAGAGACAUGGUUACUGAUCGAGGGAGAUGAUGUGAUCGGCAAAAGAAGACUGGCACGUGCGGUCGCGGAAUAUGUUUUGGGGUCACCCGAUUUAGUCUUGCACAUGGACAUGAAAAACAACGAGGUGACAACAUCAUGGAAUCAAAGACUUGUGAGUUCAUUUAGCAGCAAUGAAAAGCUUGUGGUUAUGGUGGAAAACGUCGAUUUGGCCGACACUCGGUUCCUGAAGCUGCUAGCCGAUAGAUUCGAAUCCGAGAGAGACAGUAACCGAGCAAUAUACAUUUUAACCAAGUCCAUUUCUUCGAGCUAUGGAGAUGGGAACACGAACCAUGACUCGGUGAUCCAGAUGAAGCUCAAUGUCAAUGAAAGAAGUACACCAAAAAACACUGAUAACAAGAGAAAACUCGAAUGGGGUGAGUCAAACAAGACCAAAACACAAAGAACACGACCGAGUUUCCACAUUCUUGACCUGAACAUGACAGCCGAUGAAACUGACAACAGCUGCGGGGAGUUCAGUCCCAUGUCGAGUAACAUAACAGCAGAGCCAAAUGUCCAAAAUGAGUUCCUAGAAUGCAUCAAAAACUACUACACAUUCAACAAAACUGAAGAUCAAUACAAGGAAAUCAAAGAGCUUUUCAUGGCCAAGAUGAAAGGGGUGGUAGAAGAGACUUUGGGGGGUAAAAAGGGGAUUAGAUUUAGUGUUGAAGAUAGGGUAUUGGAGGGGGUUUUAUUUGGUUCAAGUUACUUUGUGAAUAGCCUUUUUGACAAGUGGCUAAAAGACAUUUUUCAAACACGCUUGCAAACUGUGAAAAAUGGAGCGGGAGAGGGGGGUAUAGUUGCAAUUAGAUUAAGUUAUGGGAGUAUACUUGAAAAAUCCAUGGGGAAUGGAUACAUGGGGACUUGUCUCCCCGGCAAAAUCCAAGUUUGUUUCGGGGUUUAGUUUGGGGUUCUCUUAUGUAAAAUUCCCGCAAAUACCGAAAACAUUAUCGGUUUGUGUAACUGCUUACUUUCAUAGGAUGUGUCUUGUAAUAUUCCUCUUUGUUUCAAUUAAUUU